AUGAUUUCCCUAUCAGAACCCCUACUACAAGAUGUUAUCGCGGUUUUAGAAUGUGUUACCUCAGUAAUACUACUGUUUAUGGCUCUUGGAUUUGUUGAUUUUGGAAUCUGGAACAAGCUUCUUUUUCGCUUUUCAGCGUUACAAAAGAAGAUCAAUCAGAAAUCGGCCGAAUUGAAGCAGGAAAGAGAGAUGUUGGCCAAGAUCCCCAUGAUGAAAGAGUUCGCCGCCUACGCCAAAAAAAAGAGAAUUGUCGACAAAUUGGAGGAUGAACUCAAGGAAUUGAGUAGGUCGAUUUUAUGGCAUGGUAGAGUUGCUUUUUGGAUGUCUUAAAGGGGUGAAAAGGGUGGUUAUUGGAAAUGUGGACGAAAUGUCACAAAUCAUUUUUAGGAAAUUUUUCAGCUUUAAACUGGAUUGGAAUUAUAUUAUAAACAGUUUUUAAAUCAAUUUUUGACAGGAUAACAAUUUUUAUUUUUCCAAUAAUUUUUGUGACAUUUCGUCAAACUUUUCAAAACCAGUCUCAAAAUUGCAAUUUCAGUGAAAUCCCGAUUCCAAAACAAAAUGACCGGUGCCCUAGUGUGGAAUCUAGGUGGAAGAUCAAUUUUACUUUUCCUAGCCAUUUAUUUGGCUAAACUAUCGGCCGAUUUGGUCAUAACGACAAUUCCGGCCAAUGCUCUAACGCCUUUCAACUACUUCUUGGCCUACCCGAACUCGACUCAAAAUGAGGGUAAGGGUACUGUAGGGAAGGGUGGGGUUGUAUGUUUGGGUUGUAAAGAAAGUUCUUUCCGUUUUUUACCUUGUAAAGAAAGUUCUUGCCAUUUCAAUUAAAAAUAUUAUUUUAGUGACCCCAGUAUCAUUGUUCUCCUUCCUAAUUCAUCUCAGCGUGGCUUCCAAAGUGGCGUAUCUUCGUAUUACCAAACCGAAACGUAUAGCUUCGUAA